AUGUCGAUGCCUUCAAGAAACAAACGUAAAGAGAGAUCAUCAGAUAUUGCAUCAUCUUCAUCAUCUUCUUCUUCUUCUUCUUCGAGUGCUCAUGACUUAGCUUCUUCCUCGUCGACGAAACCAAACCUUUUAGUACCAGGUCUCAAGUUUGUACCAUCGGACACCGAACUCAUCAAUCACUACUUGAAACCAUACCAACGAGACGGAACAUAUUAUUACCCACAACCUUUUGAUGUUCCUAUCCAUCACGUAAACAUCUACAUGUCCGAUCCACAACAGCUCUCAGUGGACUUCGAGAAGGCUAAUGAUGAAGCAUGGUUCUUUAUAACUGAGAGAUACAAAAAGGGUAUAAGUGGGAAGAAGCAUAAACGUGCUGACAAUGAAGGAUACUGGAAUGCAACGGUAGGUGCCAAGACGAUUGCUGGUGUGGAAGACGGCGUGGGGGACGUGACCGCGCUACAAUACUUCAUCGGGGAAAAGCCUCACGACGUGAAAACAGAUUGGUUAAUGCAUGAGUACUCUUACAAGUCUCCUAAUGAUGAUAACGAUAAGGUUGAGUAUGUUUUGUGCAAGAUUUAUAUGACUCCAUCGUCGGUAAAGUUGAUGAAAGAUGAGGAAAAGGCGAUGUCGAAGGCGAAGAAAGGGAAAGGCAAAUUGAAAGUGGAGGUGAAGCAGCUGGAGCAACCUAAGUGUUCCUUACCAUUAACACAACAUCAUCAGGAGCAGCAACCUAAGUGUUCCUUACCACUAACUCAACAUCAUCAGGAGCAGCAACCUAAGUGUUCCUUACCAUUAACACAACAUCAUCAGGUGCAGCAACCUAAGUGUUCCUUACCACUAACUCAACAUCAUCAGGAGCAGCAACCUAAGUGUUCCUUACCAGUACUAACUCAACAUCAUCAGGAGCAGCAACCUAAGUGUUCCUUACCACCAACACAACAUCAGGAGCAGCAGUGUUUGCCUUAUGACAUGGAUGAUGAUGACUUUAAUGACUUCGAUGACUUCUUUGAUUUUGUCGACUCUGAUCCUCAACCAAAGGAUGUUGAAGAUUUCUUUGCUGAGUUCAUGCAGACAAAUUCAUUGGAUGGAGAUGAUGAAGACGUACCUAAAGAUAGAGAUUUACUUGAAGGCUUCUUCACUGAUGACGAUGAUAAAAGAUUAAACUGA